UCAUGAAAGCAGUUUCAGAGAUAACAGAGAAGAUGAUAGCAAAGUUUCUAUAUAAUGAGAUCUAUAUCAACUAUGAAAUAUCAUGUGAGAUUCUAACUGAUAACAGUGUGAACCUUGUGAGAGAAGCAGUGAGGCAUUUCAUGAGCCAGUUACAGAUAAGACAUUGUAGAACAAUGCUAUAUCAUCUGCAGAUGAAUGAGAAGAUGAAACACUUGAAUGAAAUCUUGAGCAACAUGCUGAUGAAAUAUCUAGUGA